CCCCGUGGCUGUUGGCGCCCGACGGCCGCCGCACGAGAAGCCCCGCCGCCGUCGCGCUGCACCGCGGGUUCCUGCCCCCACCCGCCCUCGCAUCUCAGAUCCGGUGGCCUCCGAAAGUGCUACCGAUCUCUUAACCUCUCCGGCUCUCACACCGCUCGCGACUUCUCGGCCACCGUCUCGUCGUCUCGAUCAGGCGAUCACCUUCCGCCCACGAGGUGCUCGACGGAAUGGCACCGCAGCGGGCGCCGUCGGGUGCUCUGCCUCCGUCGCCGUUGAUCAUCAGGAGCCACCAGACUGCCCGCGCCCACACAAAGACACGGCCAGCCGCCCCGCCGCCGCCUCUACCGGAGAUUGAGACCACCCUGGCAUGAGAACGCAACCGGAGCAAGUCCACAGUUCCACAUCUGGCCUGCCAUGCCGACCCAUUGACGUCUACUACCUAUAUGCCAUCGGCUCCGGAUCCUCCGUGACUUCCGGAGAGAUUUGGCAGGCGCUGCUGCGCCCGCGCGCUGUUUCUUGGCAAGACAACAAGUCAGAGGAGCGAGACGGAACCCGACGACAAGCGACAUGAGGACCCCGGCCGGACUCGCCGAUCCAGCACGAGCUCGAGCUGAACAUGGCAUGCCGAGACGUCCCGUCCCGUCCCGUUCGUCCGCGUCCCCGCCGCGUGCCCAACUCAAUCGAUUGCUCCGUUGACGCUGCCGCCGUGCACGCCCGCUGCCGGCACGGGUACACACAGUAUUCCUGGGUCAAUGCACUCUGAAAGGAGAUCAGCCUUUUCAACCAUCUCCCAAGUGGAAAGCUGGUCUCAGACUCAACAGCUGAUUGGAGUGAACAUCUCGUUUGCUGAGGUGUACUAUGUUACUGCUGCUGCUACAUGGGAAAAGGUUUGGCUGGUGCGCCCGUGCACAUGGUUAACCCCUGUUGCUUGCUACCGCAGCCAGGUAAGAAGCGUACAAGCAAGCAAGAGCGCAGUGUGAAGGAGGCACAAGUCAAACCCCGAUCAAUCAGGAACCAGUACUAAAUUGUUGGGAUGUCAAAGAAAGUCAACAUUGGACCAAUGAUGCAACCAUCUCACCAGCCGCAAGUCACUGUCCUUAUGUCGCCGAACCGAUGGCAUUGUAGGUUAACAGGUCAAUGAGUCAAUAACUGAACUGAAAAUGGCUGCACAAAGCUGGCACACCACGAGGCGGUCUGAACUCUGAAGGCUGAACCAGAAAGAAGGGCGUGGUUGCGCAUGAUGAGAACCGGGAAGGCCACUAGCAGCAGCUGCUGCUGCAUUUGAACUUCAGGAAGCAAAGGCAAGUGCGAGCUGGUGAGCCCCGUCCGGCCGUCCGUCCCGUGCAUGCUGCUGCUUGAGCAACAACUCUGUGCAUAUGAAGGGUCGCACCACAGCCAUGGCAACAACACACAUCUUCUCAGCUGCAGAGUAGCAUCCUGUGAGCUCAUCUUCUCCUAGCUCACACAGUUACAUGAAACCAUUUUAGCAAUGGCUAUCAAGAAGAGCAGCUCGCCUCUGCGUGUUCUUGCUGAUCUAUCCAUGUUCUUCUGCAUUCUGCUUACACCUAUAUGCUCAGCCACACCAGCCACAGCUCCUGCUACUCUCCUGCAAGUGAAAUCCAGCCUCACUGAUCCCGAAGGCGUCCUCUCCGGCUGGUCGCCGGAGGCCGAUGUGUGCUCAUGGCACGGCAUUACAUGCCGGCCCGGGGAGGUGGGCAUUGUCACAGGCCUCAACCUGUCCGGGUACGGCUUGUCAGGCGUGAUACCUCUGGCGAUCGGUGGACUCAUCUCCGUCGAGUCCAUUGACCUGUCUUCCAACUCCCUCACCGGGCCGAUACCGCCGGAGCUGGGCAUGCUGGAGAACCUGAGGACGCUGCUCCUCUUCUCCAACUCCCUCACCGGCACUGUCCCGCCGGAGCUCGGCCUCCUCAAGAACCUUGAGGUGCUCAGGAUCGGCGACAACAGGCUGCACGGCGAGAUCCCGCCGCAGCUCGGCAACUGCACCGAGAUGGAGACGCUCGGCCUGGCCUACUGCCAGCUGAAUGGCACCAUUCCCGGUGAGCUCGGCAACUUGAGGCGCCUGCAGCACCUGGCCCUGGACAACAACACCCUCACCGGCGGUAUCCCGGAGCAGCUUGCCGGUUGCGCCAGCUUGCUCGUUCUGUCAGUGGCCGACAACAAGCUGCAAGGCACCAUUCCUUCGUUCAUUGGGAGCUUCAGCGAUCUCCAGUCUCUGAAUUUGGCAAACAAUCAGUUCUCCGGCGGGAUUCCGGUGGAGAUUGGCAACCUUUCCAGCUUGACAUACCUCAACCUGCUCGGCAACGGCCUGACCGGCGCCAUCCCGGAAGAACUGAAUCGGCAGAGCCAGCUUCAGGUUCUGGACUUGUCCAUGAACAACAUUUCUGGAAAGCUCAGCAUCUCUGCAGCACGGCUGAAGAACCUGAAGUAUCUUGUGCUGUCUGGCAAUCUCCUUGAUGGUGCCAUCCCUGAAGACCUCUGUGCCAGCGACUCAUCAAGCCUGGAGAACCUGUUCCUCGCCGGCAACAACCUUGGAGGCGGCAUCGAGGCCCUGCUCAACUGUGGAUCUCUGCAGGCCAUCGACGUGUCGAACAACAGCCUCACCGGAGCAAUACCGACGAGCAUCGACCGGCUGUCAGGGCUCAUCAACCUUGCUCUGCACCACAACAGCUUCACCGGCGUCCUGCCUCCGCAGAUAGGGAACCUGAGCAACCUGGAGAUCCUGUCUCUGUUUCACAAUGGCCUUACCGGCGAAAUACCGCCGGAGAUCGGCAGGCUUCAGAAGCUGAAACUCUUGUUCCUCUACGAGAACCAGAUGUCCGGGAGCAUCCCUGAUGAGCUCACCGACUGCACGAGCUUGGAAGAGGUGGACUUCUUCGGCAACCACUUCCAUGGCCCCAUCCCUGAAAGGAUUGGGAACCUAAAAAAUCUGGCCGUGCUCCAGCUCCGGCAGAACGACUUGUCCGGCCCCAUCCCGGCGAGCCUCGGCGAGUGCAGGAGCCUCCAGGCGCUGGCAUUGGCGGACAACCGGCUCUCCGGCGCGUUACCGGAGACGCUCGGGCAGCUGGCCGAGCUCAGCGUGGUCACUCUGUACAACAACUCCCUCGAGGGCCCCCUGCCGGAGUCGCUGUUCCAGCUCAAGAACCUGACGGUGAUCAACUUCUCUCACAACCGGUUCUCCGGCAGCCUCGUCCCCGUCCUCGGCUCCAGCUCCCUCGCCGUGCUGGCGCUGACCAACAACAGCUUCUCCGGGGUGAUCCCGGCGGCGGUCGCGUGGUCGAGGAACAUGGUCCGGCUCCAGCUCGGCGGCAACCGGCUCGCCGGGGCAAUACCGGCCGAGCUGGGAAACCUGACGCGGCUCAGCAUGCUUGAUCUUUCGUUCAACAACCUCUCCGGCGACAUCCCGGCGGAGCUCUCCAACUGCGCGCAGCUCACGCAUCUGAAGCUCGACGGGAACAGCCUGACUGGCAGCGUCCCUUCCUGGCUCGGGGGGCUGCGGUCCCUCGGCGAGCUGGACCUCUCGUCGAACGCGUUGACCGGUGGCAUCCCGGCGGACCUUGGCAACUGCUCGAGCCUUCUCAAGCUGUCACUCGGCGACAACCACCUCUCCGGCAGCAUCCCGCCGGAGAUCGGCCGGCUGACAUCUCUCAAUGUUCUGAACCUGAAUAAGAACAGCCUCGCCGGCGCCAUACCGCCGGCGCUCCGGCAAUGCAACAAGCUGUACGAACUGAGGCUGUCAGAGAACGCGCUGGAGGGGUCCAUCCCGCCGGAGCUCGGUCAGCUGUCGGAGCUGCAGGUGAUACUGGACUUGAGCCGGAACAGGCUGUCCGGCGAGAUCCCGGCGUCCCUGGGCGACCUCGUGAAGCUGGAGCGGCUGAACCUGUCGUCCAACCGGCUGGACGGGGAGAUACCGCCGUUGCUGCUGCAGCUGACGAGCCUGCACCUCCUGAACCUGUCGGACAACCUCCUCUCCGGCGCGGUGCCCGCGGGGCUGUCGGGCUUCCCGGCCGCGUCGUUCGCCGGCAACGAGCUCUGCGGCGCGCCGCUGCCGCGGUGCGCGCCGUCGUCGCCCAGGCGGCUGCCGGGCACGGAGGUUGCCGCGAUCGUGGCGGGCAUCGCCGUGGUCUCGACGGCGGUGUGCGUGGCGCUGCUGUACACCAUGCUGCGGGUGUGGAGCAACUGGCGGGCGGUGUCCGUGUCGAGCUCCGACGGCGAGGAGUCGGCGCACGGCGGCGGCCGCGACAAGUGGGGCGCCGCUGGGGACGGCAAGUAUUGGAAGGUGGGGUCGCCGGUGUCGUCGUCGGCCGAGGAGAAGCACAGCUCGGGGUCGGAGACCAGCGUGAUCCAUGGCAAGUCGACGGAGGCUGCCGGCGACGCCAAGAGCUAGCUACGAGCUGGUUGCUUUGCUUGCCUGUAUCUAUGAUGCAUUGUAUGCUGAAAAAUGUUUAUAUACCAAGGCUUUUAUGUCUGUUUCGCCAUCCGAUCAUCUCUUCAUCU